AUGUCUUCUCUUCCCAGUUCGCAAGUUGGUCCCUCAGAAACACCUGAAACUACACCUGGGCCAGAAGAGACCUCUCCUGUUGUCACAACUAAUGCAGAAACCACCACACAACCUUCCAAUGGAACUGCAGAGGCAGAGGAUGAAAUUAUGGACGAAGUGGACGAAACUAUGAUGAGUCUCCCACUUUCAAAGAUCAAACGUAUUUUCAAGAUGGAUCCUGACUACUUUGGAUCCUCUGCGAGUGCAGUAUACGCUACCGGUGUUGCCACCGAGUUGUUCGUCCAAUACUUGACUGAACAUGCCUCGAUGCUUGCGAAGAUGGACAAGCGUAAGAAAAUACAAUAUAAGGACUUCAGCAACGCCGUGUCCUCUCAAGAAGCACUCUACUUCCUCAGCGACACGAUACCCAAGACGCAGACAGUGGAACUGGCCAUCAAGGAAAGAAAAAUUAACUUGACUGAAGAAGACAAGAAGAAGUAUGGUGAAGAUGAAGCUGGCGAUGCUGAAGAGGUGCAGGCUGCUCCUGGCUCGAGACCUGCGCCCGUUCUCCCCAAGGGCCAGUCAAGUCUACCUUUUGAGCCUGUAGCCAAACCAACCAUAAAAAAGGCAGUUAUCCAUGACCUAAUGUCCAAUGAUGAUGACGUUCGCGAAAACGAUGCCAUGAUUGUUGAUUAA